AUGUUUCGCAAAUGCCUUGCCGGCCUGGCUCUGGCUCCCAUCCCUGCUCCCGUUUCGGUUCCCAGGAUAACCCCGAUCGCCAGUCAGCUCAUCCAGCGCCGCGCCGUCCACCAGGUGCCCCAGGAGAGUAGGCCACCCAAAGUUCUCAUCACAGGUGGUCUGGGACAGUUGGGAAUUGAAUGUGCCAAACUUUUGCGGGCGCAGUAUGGCAGCCACAAUGUAAUUCUCUCGGACAUUUUAAAACCCACUCCGUCAGUGCUGGAAAACGGUCCUUACAUCUUUGCGGACAUCCUGGACUUCAAGGGUCUUCAAAAGAUCGUAGUGGACCACCGCAUCGACUGGCUGAUCCACUUCUCGGCCCUGCUCAGUGCUGUGGGAGAGCAGAACGUUCCUCUGGCUGUGAAGGUCAACAUUGAGGGUGUUCACAACGUCAUCGAGGUGGCGAAACAGUAUAAGCUCCGCAUCUUUGUGCCUAGCACUAUCGGAGCUUUUGGCCCCGACAGUCCCCGCAAUCCCACGCCAAAUGUUACGAUCCAACGUCCUCGCACUAUUUAUGGCGUUUCCAAGGUGCACGCCGAGCUGAUUGGCGAAUACUAUAACCAUAAGUUUGGCCUGGACUUCAGAUGCCUGCGCUUCCCCGGAGUUAUAUCCAGCGAUCCGCCCGGCGGCGGCACCACAGACUAUGCUGUUGCCGUGUUCCAUGAUGCUUUGCGACAUGGAAAAUACACCUGUUACUUGCGUCCUGAUACAAGACUGCCUAUGAUGUACAUAGAUGAUUGUUUGCGAGCCCUUCUGGAGUUCAUGCGGGCACCCAAUGAGCAGCUGAAGCGACGCGUCUACAACGUGACCGCCAUGUCCUUCACCCCCGGGGAACUGUUUACCGAACUGGGCAGGCACGUGCCCAAUCUGCACGUGACCUACAAGCCGGAUAGCCGCCAACUGAUCGCAGACGCGUGGCCGGAAGUGUUCGACGACUCGGAUGCCAGGAGGGACUGGCACUGGCAGCACAAGUACGAUCUUGCCAACUUGGUGGACUUCAUGGUAAAGGACGUCCAGGAUAACUUCAUCAAUGCGCAGCCGGAAAAGCAGAAGUUUCAGAUCUGAUCUUCAGGCCGAUCAAACAACCGCAUCUAGUAUUCUUAAGUAAUGAAAUUCUAUCGCAUUUAGCUCUGCAUUUAUCUAGUGAUUACCAACACAAAACACUGUACUCUUUACUUUUGAAAAUACAGUAGGCAUUUAUGGGAAUCAAAA